AUGCCCACCGAUAUAAAGAAAAUCCCCCUCUCCUACGCCACCUGCUCAAUAGGCACAUCUAAGUCCGACACUCUUCCCCGCAAACUCGAAGCCCUCCACCAAGCCGGCUUCACCGGAAUCGAGCUUGCCUUCCCGGACAUCCUCGCCUACGCCCCAGCAGUCCUCGGUCACGAAGUCGCAGAAGACAAUUACCCCGAGCUCGUCACCGUCGCAAAAGAUAUCCGCAAGCAAUGCGAGGCCAAGAACCUGGAGGUGAUGAUGUUGCAACCGUUCGCGAACUUCGAGGGCUGGCCGCGGGGGUCGAGGGAGAGGGCGGAUGCGUUUACGAGAGCGAAAGGGUGGAUUGAAGUUAUGAGGGCGGUGGGGACGGAUUUACUACAGGUCGGCUCAACAGAUACACCCCUCGACAAACUCGCCGCAACCCAAGAAACCAUCAUCAACGAUCUCCGCGAGCUCUGCGAUCUCCUUGCAACGCAUAAUAUGCGUCUUGCGUAUGAGAACUGGUGCUGGUCUACACAUGCGCCCACGUGGAAAGACGUCUGGACGAUCGUUCGUCAAGUCGAUAGACCGAAUAUCGGGCUCUGUCUUGAUACGUUCCAAACAGCUGGGUCUGAAUGGGGCGAUCCCACGACAUCCACCGGGCGAAUUGAGGAUUUGUCCAUGGAGGAAUUGAAUCGACGGUUCGAGAAGAGUAUGGAGGAGUUGGCAAGCACGGUUCCAGCGGACAAGAUUGAUCUGUUGCAGGUGUCGGAUGCGUAUAAGCCUGUGCGGCCGAUCGAGGCGAAGAUGGUCAAUGGGGCUUGGCCGAGGGCGCGGUGGAGCCAUGACUAUCGGCCCAGGCCGUAUGGUGGGGGGUAUUUGCCCAUUGAGAAGGUCGGAAGAGCGGUGCUGAGGACGGGGUUCCGGGGCUGGUUCUCCAUGGAGAUUUUUGAUGGAGGGGCUGAUGGGGAAGGGCAGGAAUAUGAGAUGGGGGAGUAUGCGCGAAGUGCUAUGGAGAGUGUGCGGGGGUUUUUGAAAAGGUCCGCGGCGUAG